CGACCCAGCUGGCUCAAACGCCCUGAGUUUUUGCGAGGAGAUUCACUCGGCUGGCCCGAUAUCGAUCAACCCAGUUGACAUAACAACCAAAUCCCAAUCGUAAGAGAAGCACGACGUCCAUCAGACUGACUCAGAUGUGGUCACUCAAGACACCCAUUGUAUGUGAAGAAUCCAGGUACGAGAAUUCGCAUGGUGUAGGUUUGAUAGAUUGUCUACACAAAAAUCUCAAACCAUGAAUAUUGCCUCAAAAACCCCACGACAUUGGUGACAUGGACAAUUUUACCUAUCAGCUACAACGACAUGACCUCGCAAAAAAAAAACUACAACGACAUGAACCUUUGAAUGAUACUCCUAUACAUCCAACAAAAAAAAAAAGAAUGAUACUCCUAUACACUUUUUAACCGUAGUUAUUGUUUACCCUGGCAGAAGUUUGUCGGAUUUCAACCUUUGAAUGAUGUUCCUAUAGGUCUGUCUCCGGCUCCCUAUUUUCUCCCACCUACCACCUUAAUUAUCUUCCACAGCUUGAUCCCGUUCCUUCCUCUCAUCCCCAUAUAUUCCUCCGUCACCGAUCAAUCUCCUGUAAACCCGCAGUUGCACUAGCGCGGUGCGACUGCCAAGAGCCCACGACUGGCACCACCCACCUUUUCAUCGUCUCUCCUAUCCCGAGCACUUCGCCAUUUGUAGCAGCAAGACACCAUCAGAAAGGCAAGUUGGUGAAGCUUGCACAGAUACAGUGUCCGUGCGGUGCGGACAUAGGAAACAGGAGAUGGUCUUCCACGCCAUUCUCCCCAAGAUAGCCGUCCACUGGCUCAUCAACUUGUACCGCGCGGCCAGGAAGCUCCGCAGCAAUGCCUUCCAGUACUGUCGUGACUCCACCAGCAGCACCAAGCCAUCCACCGAAGCCAUCUCCAGCUCCGAGCGCACCAUGCCGUCCGCUGCUGAUAGGACGGUGGUGUGCGACUUCCACGGCGGGCUCCUGAGGUCCACCGGCAUCUUCCCCUACUUCAUGCUCGUCGCCUUCGAGGGCGGCAGCCUGCUCCGGGCGCUGGUGCUGCUCUGCUUCUUCCCCCUUGUAUGGAUACUCGGCGAGCGCUCCGACGCCGGCGUCCGGGUCAUGACGUUCGUCACCUUCGUCGGGCUCAGGCCACGGGACACUGACCUCGUGGCCCGCGCCAUCCUGCCAAAGUUCUACAUGGAGAGGCUCCACGCGCAGGUGUACGACCACCUGUGGCUGCCGGCGAAGAGGAAGGUGGCGUUGACGAGCACUCCGAGGGUAAUGGCGGAGUGCUUCCUCAAAGAGUACAUGGCCGCCAACGUGGUUGCCGGGUGCGAACUCCAGAUGGUUGAGGUAGGGCGCGUGUGGUACUUCACCGGGCUGCUGUGCGGGACAGGGCCAGGCCCGGGCUUGAGGCAGAAGACGCUGAGGGAGGCGUUCGAAGCGGACGGCAACAUGGCCGACGUUGGCGUCGUCCGGGGCUCCAACCCACUCGACCAACUCUGUGCCCCCUACUGCAAGGAGCUUUACGUCGUCAGCUGGGAGAGUGCCAAGACCGCCCGUCUGCCGCGCGAGAGGUACCCGAAGCCGCUCAUCUUCCACGACGGACGUCUCGCCUUUCUGCCCACCGCCCCCGCCAUGCUCGCCUUCUUCCUAUUUUUGCCGCUCGGUUUUAUACUCUCCGUCAUCCGCAUCUCCAUUGGCAUCGUCCUGCCAUACAACAUCAGCUUUGCAGCCAGCGCGUUGGCUGGAGUCUGCUUCCGCACCUCCGGCCGCCGCGUCCAGGAGGCCGGCGCCAAGCGCAGGGGCGUCCUGUUUGUGUGCACGCACCGGACACUGGUGGACCCGAUCAUGCUAACCGCCGCGCUGCAGAAGCCCGUGCCAGCCGUGACGUACAGCCUCAGCCGGCUCUCCGAGAUCAUCGCCCCCAUCAAGACCGUGCGGCUGACGCGCGACCGCGACCACGACGCCGCCAUGAUGUCGCGGCUGCUGGAGCAGGGAGACCUCGCGGUCUGCCCCGAGGGCACCACCUGCCGCGAGCCCUACCUGCUGCGGUUCAGCCCGCUGUUCGCCGAGCUGGCCGACGACAUGGAGCCCGUGGCGCUGGACGCGCAGGUGACGUCGCUGUAUGGCACGACGGCCAGCGGCCACAAGUGGCUCGACCCCUUGGCGUUCUUCGCCAACCCGGUGCCUGCGUACCGGGUGGAGUUCCUGGGCCCCGUGCCACGGGAUCAGACGCGCGCAGGGGGGAGGACCAGCGCCGAGGUAGCCAACUGGGUCCAGCGGCGGCUCGGCGAGGCGCUUGGGUUCGAAUGCACCGGGCUUAGUCGCCGUGACAAGUACAUCAUGCUCGCCGGGAACGACGGUGUGGUCCGCAAGUAGAGGACUCGCGCAGCAGCUGAGCGUGUUCUGAAGAUACACGCGUCCUGCAAAUCAAAAUUCGCCAAAUAUUAGUUACUCCUAUGUAAUGUAAUCCGUUCGAGGAGUAGUGGAUCUAUUGAGUUUUCUCUUACUUCGUGUGUUGACAAAAACUGGUUUGCUGCCAGAGUCGAUAAAUAAACCACUGUAAUGAAAUCUAAUCAAACUACGACGCCUUGUUGUUAAGGGCAUUUCUAA